AUGUCUUCUAAGAAAAAACUUUGUGCUUCAUACAAGCUUAUGGGUCAUAGUUGUAAAUCCAGUGUCCUUUGUUCUUUGUAUAAGAAACGAAAUACACUUUAUAUCCCUCAGAAAAGAACAAAUGAGAAUAUUUCAAUUGAAGAAGAAUUUCCUGCAGAGAGUAGUAGAUCUGCUUCACCAAAAGUAAGAAUAGAUCCAGCUGAAGAGCAACAAAUAAUUGUGGACACAGUUGUUGAUCCAACUAUUAUCCUUGCUGAAGAACCUACUAAGAAGGACACUGAUUUGUCUAUCCACAGAUCGAAAUUUAAUAUGAGCUGUGGCAAGGGAAAAUAUGUUCUUCCUUUUCUUGAGCUAAUACCACCUGGAAUUUCCGAGCUUCUAAAUUACAGGACAUCCAAUGGGAAAUAUUUUCUCAAUAAAAUCAGAGGCUACAACAGCACCUUAAGCUUCAUAUUGCUGGGAGCUAAAAUUGACAACUCUGUGGCAAAUAACCAAGGCGGUGUGUACUGCUUCAGAAUACAUGGCAUUAUAUGUCACAGAAUUGGGUCUAUUUGUCCAUCAAGAGCCCAAGAUAUUGAUCACCCUCAACUUGCUCAAGUAUACAUAUAUGAAGCAGCAUCGCAAGCCCAGCACCAUUGCCAUCAUGCUCCAUACUUGAAAGCAGAUAUUCUGGAGAAAAUUCAAUCGAUUCUCAUAGAGACAAAUCCUUUUGUUUCUCUGUUCAGAUCAAUGGAUCAAGUAUUACAGGAGAAUGGACAUGUAGAAGAUGUUGCUAUAUGCUUAGUUACUGAAGGUCCCCAAGAUUAA